CCAAGUACAACAUAACCGGUUUUCUCUCUAUUGCCUCUUCUUUCAACCUCUCUUUUAAAUUUCAUUCAAAGAAAACAAAAAAGAAUAACAACUUCUCUAAGCGAUACCAUUUUUUCUUAUUUUUCUCUUCUUCUUUCUUGGGAGAGGAGAAGAAUUAAUCAUGAAUUAUGAUCAUAUAUAAACCUUCAUAGAAUAUAUUCUAAUUCUUCUAAAUUCCUUUUCAAAAUUUAAAAGCCAAAUUCUUGAAAUUUAUCAAGAAGCUUCUUGAUAUUCAUUCAUUUUUUGUGUUUCACACAACAAACAUAUUCCACAUAUACUAAAUGGAAGGUGAAAGUGUUGUACAAGUAUCAAAAAAUGUAGAAAAAGAAGAAAUGAAUAGCCAGGAAGUACUAGUAGUAGUACUAGAAAAGGAACAAGAAGAAAAAGAAGAAGAAGAAGAAGAAGAAAAUGGAAAAGACGAAAAGGAUAACAACAGAAAAGAUAAGGAUGAGUUAUCACCAAGGGCAGUAUUGGAAAUUCACAUUUCAGGCACAUCGGAUUCUGAUAACAGCAGCAGCGGCGAAAGAAGCAGCAGCAGCUUCGGUUCCUCUGUUUCGGAAAACUCCUCACACUCCAAUGGCUCCAGCGGAAUUAAGAAUUUGUUCGAUCAAAUGAAGAGGAAAUCAAUACGGAGAUUUUCGACGAUUCAGUUAUUUGGAGGAUACGAGAAUUUUUUGCUACCGAAGAAGAAUAUUAAGAGGAAAUUAUUGGCGAGGAUUCGGAGUGCUCAAGAAGAUACAAUUGAUUGUUGCCAUGAUUUUGUUGUGCCUAAACCUUCAUGGAGGAAUUUUAGCUUUGAUGAACUUGCUAUAGCUACUGAUUAUUUUGCCCCAGAUAACUUAAUUGGCAAAGGAGGACAUGCAGAAGUUUACAAAGGACAUUUGCAAGAUGGUCAAGUUGUGGCAGUUAAGAAAAUCACAAAGAAAGAAAAGAAUGACGAGGACAGAGUUGGAGACUUCUUGUCUGAGCUAGGAAUCAUUGCUCAUAUCAACAACACUAAUGCUGCAAAGUUAAUUGGUUUCAGUGUUGAUGGUGGUUUGCAUCUUGUUCUUCAAUACUUGCACCAUGGUAGCCUUGCUUCUGUACUACACGGUGGAGAAGAGUGCCUUGAAUGGAACAUAAGAUAUAAAGUUGCAGUCGGGGUAGCUGAAGGAUUGUGCUAUCUACAUUAUGAUUGCCAAAGGCGCAUAAUCCAUAGAGAUAUUACAGCUUCAAACAUUCUUCUAACCGAAGAUUAUGAACCUCAGAUAUCUGAUUUUGGACUUGCAAAGUGGCUACCAGAAAAAUGGGUUCAUCAUGUUGUUUCUCCUAUUGAAGGCACUUUCGGAUAUAUGGCACCUGAGUACUUUAUGCACGGGCUUGUUCACGAGAAGACCGAUGUUUUUGCCUUUGGUGUUCUGGUGUUGGAGCUUAUUACUGGUCGUCGCGCUGUUGAUUCAUCCCGACAGAGUCUUGUAAUGUGGGCAAAACCAAUGCUGGAACAGAACAAUGUCAAGGAAUUAGUGGACCCUCGUCUAGGAGAUGCGUAUGAUGUUGUUGAGAUGAAACGAGCUAUGUUUACAGCUUCUACAUGCAUUCAUCACUUGCCAAACAUGCGUCCUAACAUGAAACGG